CUUUCGAGUCAAUGCUGUUUACUGAACAGCUACGUUGCUCUUCACCGCGGAGUGUCGACAUUACAGGCGUUGUCAUGACAACCAGCCAUGAUCCACAGGGCCUUGGUGAGGUUUCCACCUUGAGCUAGAUGCUAGCCAUGAGACUCAGCAGAUGCUGCGCUCUUCAGCCAAUCACAGGCUGAACGGGGCGGAUGACGUCACGAGCUAGGGAACAAGCGCAGCCAGUGAAGCAUCCAGCCAGCCUACUGAACAAGCCUGCUUUAGGGUCAGGAACUGGUCUGACAAGAGAAUGGCAAUCCUGCCGUAAACCGUCAGUAGGACCAGGACGGAAGACGAUGGUGAUGGCUCAUAGGCGAAACGCGGACCGAGAGAAUGUGAAGACAUAUUUCAGGACAUUGUGAGUGCUACUAAAGAUGUCUGAUAGUGUCGAUAUUGAAGAGAAACCACCAGCCCCCCCCUUGAGAAUGAACAGUAGUUCCAGAGACUCUUCAUCAGUGAAUCCCGCCUCUAAACCGCUUCCAAUGGCUCCUGAAGAGAAAAUCAAGAAGGUGCGCCUGCGUUCCAUCUUUCCCGGAGGUGAUAAGACAAACAAGAAGAAGGAGAAGGAGCGCCCCGAGAUAUCCCUUCCGUCCGACUUUGAACACACCAUCCAUGUGGGCUUUGAUGCAGUAACGGGAGAAUUCACAGGCAUCCCGGAGCAAUGGGCGCGUCUCCUACAGACCUCCAACAUCACCAAGCUGGAGCAGAAGAAGAACCCACAGGCUGUAUUGGAUGUCCUCAAGUUCUAUGACUCCAAAGAGACAGUCAACAACCAGAAGUACAUGAGCUUCACCUCGGGAGACAAGUCAGCCCAUGGUUACAUAGCAGCAAACACUCUGAACCGACUGCUGUCGUCUGGGCCUCCUGUCAGCCUUAGAACCUGCAGCGCAUUAUUUGACAAGCAAAGUGCCAAAACAUCUACGUCAGAACCCCCGAUUGCUCCACCUGUGUCAGAAGAAGAGGAUGAGGAGGAAGAGGAAGAAGAGGAGGAGGAAGAGGAGGAGGAGGACGACGACGACGAACUUCCUCCCGUCAUUGCACCUCGACCCGAGCAUACUAAAUCUAUCUACACGCGCUCAGUCAUGGACCCGCCCAAGCCUCCCACUCCCAUCAAAGAGGUUGUGACGCCACCCGAGUCACAGGUCCAGCCCGACAACACAUCGAGCACAAUGUAUCGCCACACUGACCGCCAGAGGAAGAAGUCCAAAAUGACAGAUGAGGAGAUUCUGGAGAGACUCAGGAGUAUCGUGAGUGUGGGGGAUCCCAAAAAGAAGUACACACGCUUUGAGAAAAUAGGACAAGGCGCUUCUGGCACAGUGUAUACAGCCAUCGACAUAGCAACUGGCCAAGAGGUGGCCAUCAAGCAGAUGAACCUUCAGCAGCAACCCAAGAAGGAGUUGAUCAUCAAUGAGAUCUUGGUGAUGAGGGAAAACAAAAACUCCAAUAUCGUGAACUACCUGGACAGUUACUUGGUAGGAGACGAGCUGUGGGUAGUGAUGGAAUAUUUGGCCGGAGGCUCGUUGACAGAUGUCGUGACUGAGACCUGCAUGGAUGAGGGCCAGAUUGCAGCAGUUUGUAGAGAGUGUCUUCAAGCCUUGGAUUUCCUGCACUCCAACCAGGUGAUCCACAGAGACAUAAAAAGUGACAACAUCCUUUUGGGAAUGGAUGGAUCUGUCAAACUCACCGACUUCGGCUUCUGCGCCCAGAUAACUCCAGAGCAGAACAAGCGCAGCACAAUGGUGGGAACGCCCUACUGGAUGGCACCAGAGGUGGUGACCCGGAAGGCCUACGGCCCAAAAGUGGACAUCUGGUCUCUGGGUAUCAUGGCCAUUGAAAUGGUGGAGGGAGAACCUCCAUAUCUGAAUGAAAAUCCUCUCAGGGCAUUGUACCUGAUAGCUACCAACGGGACGCCCGAGCUUCAGAACCCAGAGAGACUGUCGUCUGUCUUCAGAGACUUCCUAAAUCGCUGCCUGGAGAUGGAUGUGGACCGCAGAGGUUCUGCCAAGGAGCUGCUUCAGCAUUCGUUCCUCAAGCUGGCCAAGCCUCUGUCCAGCCUGACGCCUCUGAUUGUAGCUGCCAAGGAAGCCAUAAAGAACAGCAGUCGCUAGCGGGCAUCUUCUGUCCUCACCCAAGGCCGGAGCCCUGCCUGUUCGGGGUGCGUGCGUUCAUAAUGGGUGCUUCUGAUAUUUGUGGGAUAGGUGAUGUGACAGCACAAUGUGUGGUGGUGGGGGGGGCUGCUGGUUGGAGCUCUGUGA